AUGGGGAGCGAGGCCGUUUUAAAGACGUUCUCAGGAGAGGAGCUCGACGAGGCCACGAAUAACUACUCGCGGGAAAACUCGCUCGGUCGUGGCGGCUUCGGCACGGGCUACCGCGGAAAGCUCGCGGACGGUUCCCCCGUGCUUGUAAUGAAGCUGAACCCCGAUAACACCCGCCAGGCGGCGGAGAAAUUCACCCGCGAAGUGACCAUCCUCACGCGCGCGGACCACCCGCAUCUGGUCAAGCUCCUCGGGUACAACCCCGAGGCACGCUGUAUCGUGUACGAGUCGCUCCCUGGGGGAACCCUGGAGGACCGUCUGCUGACGGAGGGGGGACGGAAAACGAUGAAGCAGAAGCACCGGCUGCGGAUCGCGGCGGAGGCGUCAGAGGCGCUGCUGUUCCUCCACCAUCUGGACCCGCCGAUCCUUCAUCAGGACGUGAAGCCCGGAAACGUCAUGUUGAACGAGGACCUGUCCUGUAAGGUCGGAGGAGUCGGUCUGGCGAAGUUCCUCCCCGCAAACGACUCGUCAAUCUGGGGAACGGUGGGUUACAUCGACCCGUUGCUGCUUCGCACCGGGAAAUACGGUCCGCAGUCGGAUCUGUACGGGCUCGGGCUGGUGAUCCUGCAGCUGCUGACGGGAGAGAAGGUGAAUAAGGUGCUGGAGUUUGCGAAAUUCGGGCUGGAGGGGAUUCUGGAUCAUUUGGAUAAGACGGUUCAGUGGAACCCGGAAAUUGCGAAGGAGGUUGCUGAGGCGGCGCUCAAGUGCAGGGACAGGACGAACCGGCCGGACCUGGAAACGGUGGUGCUGCCCAUGCUUCAGAAAUUCGCGGAGCAGACCAAGGGGGAGAAGGAUGCGGAUGCUGCUCCGCCUGCUGCUGCUGCUGCUGCUGCUGCUGGUUCUAAGGGUGGUGGCGGUGGUGGUGGUGGUGCGAGUAAGGGGCAUGAGAAGAAAGGAGCGGCGGCGGCUGCUGCGCCUCAGAAAAAAACGUUGUUUGGAGGCAGUAGCAGAUCUGUGCCAGCGGCUGCGCUUGGUGGAAGGGAGUCUGGUAAGACGCGAGUGCGCUGCAUGCGGUGCUUAAGACGAGCAGCAGCAGCAGCAGCAGCAGCAGCAGCAGCAGCAGCAGCAGCAGCAGCAGCAGCAGCAGCAGCAGCAGCAGCAGCGGCAGCAGCAGUGGCAGCAGCAACGGAGCACGUUGAUUGGGUUGAUGGUACUAUAGGUAGAGCGCAGGUAGGUUCUCAUUCAAGGAGGUGGGUUGGAGGCUGA